UUUCUAUUUUUCCAAAUUAAAGCUAAUUAAUCUUUCAAAAAAAUAGGGUCAUCGACGAUUAGUUGAAGCUAUUUCAAAUGUUUAUUCACCAUAUUUUAAUCGAAAAAUUGAUCCAUUAAAUGAAAUUCUAGUUACUGGUGGUGCUUAUCCAUCACUUUUCAAUUCUAUUCAUGCUUUUAUUAAUCCCGGUGAUGAAGCUAUUCUAAUUGAACCAUUUUUUGAUUGUUAUGAACCAAUGGUGCGUUCAGCGGGUGGUACUCCACGAUGCAUAGCACUUAAACCGAAACCUGAAUCAACCAAAGCUGAUAUUUCAUCAAGUUUCGAUUGGGUACUUGAUAAAAAUGAAUUAGAAUCAUUGUUUAAUUCUCGUACUCGUCUUAUUAUUGUCAAUACACCAAAUAAUCCUGUUGGAAAAGUUUUUACACUUGAAGAACUUGAAUAUAUAGCAAGUUUAUGUCAAAAACAUAAUGUUAUUUGUAUAUCCGAUGAAGUUUAUGAAUGGAUCGUAUAUGAUGAAAAUAAAAAACAUAUACGUAUUGCAACAUUACCAAAUAUGUGGGAACGAACAUUAACAAUCGGAAGUGCGGGAAAAACAUUUUCAUCAACUGGUAUAAAAUUAGGUUGGACUAUUGGACCACCACAUCUUAUUCGUUCAUGUCAAAUUGUUCAUCAAGAUUGUGUUUAUACAUGUCCAACAAUAUCACAAGAAGUUGUUGCACGUUGUUUUGAAUAUGAAUUAAAACGUAUAAAUUCUCCUGAAUGUUAUUUUAAUUCAAUAUCAAAUGAAUUUCUUGAAAAACGUGAUAAACUUGUUCAAGCUUUAAAAGAAUGUGGCAUGAAACCAGUUAUACCUGAUGGAGGAUAUUUCGUUCUUGCAGAUUAUAGUCAAUUUGCUGGUGAUAAAUUUCAAUCGGAUGCUGAUGAUAUGAAAGAUUUUAAAUUUGUUCGAUAUUUAACUAAAGAAAAACAACUUGCUACUAUUCCUGUCACAGGUUUUUAUACAGCUGAACAUCGUCAUUUAGCUGAAAAUUAUAUUCGAUUUUGCUUUGCUAAAAAAGAUGAAACACUCGACAAAGCAAUUGAAAUUCUUCGAAAACUUAAAACAAAUUAA